UGGGAAUUGGCCCGCCUUACAUCAGGGAAACUGAGGUCCAGAGGCCCUGCUGGUUUGGCCCCGUUUGUGAGCCAGGGGCGGAUGCCAGAGCUGGAGGCCGGCGACCUCCGUGGUUGAGAGAGGUCAGCGGCCGCCCAGCCUGCUGCUCCGUGGACGGCCCAAGUCCGGUGGGACGCUCUGGGAGCUCCUUGGGCAGUGAUACCGGUCACCCAAGGCUUUGGAGUUGAGCGGAGGCAGAGGUGCCUGGAGGAGAGAGAGCCCCGGGAGCAGUCGUAGGCAGGCAACUUAGACACCCUGGCUUUGCAUGGGGUUCUGAGUUCCCCCCUUGCCGGUCCCCCUUGCCAGUGCGAUCAAGUUAGGCAUCUCAGUGUACCCGAGCUUCUAGUUUCUCACGUGCAUACGAGAGAUAGUAACUACGUUAAAGGAUUGUUCAGAAGGUGCAAUCUACCACUCCCUCUCUCAGAAAGAGGCCAAAGAGCUUGAUGUUCAGCACCCGGGCGCCCAGCGGGCCGAGGCCUUCGUGAGGGCCUUCCUGAAGCGAAGCACGCCCCGCAUGAGCCAGCGCGCCCGCGAGGACCAGCUGCAGCGCAAGGCCGUGGUGUUGGAGUACUUCCCUCGCCGGAAGCGAAAGGAGGCGAAGAAGAAAUCCAGGGGCCUCUCUGCCAGGCAGAGGAGGGAGCUGCGGCUCUUCGACAUUAAGCCGGAGCAGCAGAGAUACAGCAACUUUCUCCCUCUGCACGAACUCUGGAAACAGUACAUCCGGGACCUGUGCAACGGCCUCAAGCCAGACACGCAGCCGCAGAUGAUCCAGGCUAAGCUCUUAAAGGCGGACCUUCAUGGUGCCAUCAUUUCAGUCACCAAAUCCAAAUGCCCCUCCUACGUGGGCGUCACGGGCAUCCUUCUCCAGGAAACAAAGCACGUUUUCAAAAUCGUCACUAAAGAGGACCGCCUGAAAGUCAUCCCCAAACGAGACUGCGUGUUCUCCGUGGAGACCGACGGCUUCCUCUCCUACAUUUACGGGAGCAAGUUCCAGUUCCGGUCCAGCGAGCGGUCUGCGAAGAAGUUCAAAGCGAAGGGCACCAUCGACCUCUCGGCAUCUGCACGGCUUCAGACGGCGGCCUCCCAGGGCCGCGGUGGCGGGUGUGCGGCGGUUGUCACCCGGCUUGUCCCUCUGGUUCUGAAGAGUAAACAAGAAUGUCCCUCAAAUACCAUAAAUUAACUAUAAAG